GAAGAUCUCGUUUCGAUUGCUUCAAUAUCUUAAUGCUAAAUUGCUUAAGAUUCCUAACAACCGUUUUCCUCUCUCUUUCUAUGUCUAUAUAUAUGUCACAUGUGUAUGUAUCUUCCUCCUGCAAACAACAAAGAGUCAAAGAGUAAAGAAAAACACACACACACACACAAUAGACACCUUCAACCAUGGCAGAAAUCUCUAUCUCUCGCGUCGGAUCAUCAAAAGUCACACCGUUUUCCGACGAUCCAGAUUCCGCAGAGAACAAUGGCGAAGAACAGGCCGGCCGCCGGCCGGAAAUGCGCAACGGAUCCGGCGCCGUGAGCGGCGGAGGAGAUGAGUUUUCCGGCGAGUUCAAUCCCGCAGAUGCUUGGCUGCCGAUUACGGAGUCCAGAAACGGCAGCACUUUAAGUGCUGCAGCUCAUCUCUUGUGCUCCGGAAUCGGAAUCCAACUGCUUCAGCUUCCCAUUGCGCUCGUUUCCCUCGGAUGGUUCUGGGGAAUUCUUUGUUUGUCUAUAGCUUUUUCAUGGCAGCUUUACACUAAAUGGCUUCUAGUGAAUCUCCACGAAUCAUUUCCAGUCACUGGGAUUCGUUACAGCAGAUUUGUCCACCUCUCAAUCGUAGCAUUCGGUGAAAAACUAGGGAAAUUGCUAGCAAUUUUCCCAACAAUGUACCUAUCCGGCGGCACGUGCGUGUUGUACAUAAUCAUGGGAGGCGCCGUGAUGAAAAUGUUCCUCAAAUCCAUCUGCGACGGCAAUCCCGGCUGCGCCGCCUCCAAAUUGACCGGGAUUGAAUGCUUCUUGGUGUUCAUCUGCUUCACCAUUUUCGUGGCGCACUUCUUCCCCAACCUCAACUCGUUGGCCUCCGUCGCGGCUGUUGGCUCCGCCGCCGUGCUUGCUUACUGUAGCCUUUUGUGGAUCCUACCCGUGAUGAAGGGCGGGCUGGGCGACAGUGUUGAGACGAAAGCAGUGUUGGUAGCCGAAAGCCCGACUCGAAUCCGAGAUGCGUUUAGUGGUUUUGAGGUCCUUGCACUUGCUUUUCGAGGGCACAAUCUUGUGUUGGAAAUACAGGGGACGCUACCCAGUAACAAGAAACAAUCAUCGCAUAAAUCUAUGUGGAGAGCAGUGGCAUUUUCGUCAAUACUACAAAUUAUGUGUCUUUAUCCAAUUGCAAUAGUGGGAUAUUGGGCUUAUGGAGAUAAGACACCAGUGGACGGAGGGAUGCUCAUCGCUCUUACGAAAUUCCACACGUCAAAGCACAUCAUAGGCGGCGUGUGCGUAUUGAUCAUGAUCAACUACGUCUGCGCUUUCCAAAUCUACGCCAUGCCCACGUUCGACAACUUGGAGCGCAUCUAUGUGACCAAGAGGGGCAAGGCGUGCCCGAGAUGGGUGCGCUCGGCGAUUAAGCUCUUCUUUGGAGGGCUAACCUAUUUCAUAGCGGUAACUUUCCCGUUCCUACCGCGCCUGGCCGCACUCAUAGGAGCGAUAGGGUUGCCCGUCACACUUGUCUACCCGUGCUUCAUGUGGCUAGCCAUCAAGAAACCUCAACGUUUCAGCUCGACGUGGUGCCUCAAUGUGGGGCUCGGCUCAGCCGGCGCAAUGCUUGCCUUUGUUUACUUGGUUGUGGCGCUAUGGUCUUUGAUAGAUAAUGGCUUAAAAGCCAACUUCUACCGCCCCUAGGGACCUCGUAGAUGGUUUUAAGUUAGUAGAAUGAUGACCUAUUCUUUUCCGAUAUCUGCAGCUGCUACCUUAGGUGCGCACGGAAUAUCGAGCUAGAUGUGUCGGUGGGAUUCAAAUUCGUGAUUUGUCACUCCCUAAGGGGCUAGUGGAGUAACGAACUUGUAACUGAAAAUAGUCUUACCAACCAUUUUAAACCUAUAAACUAAUCUUAUUGCAA